UAUUGUCCCUCCAAACGGCAUACGCUAUGCUAAUCUCCAAGACAGCCUUUCUGGCUUUUCUGUUUUAUUCCGUACCCCUAGCACACGCUGCAGGAGGAAAUAGCUCCUCGCCCGAUUCCCGAGGGCGUCGGUGUGUGGUACGCUCUUCCAAUGGCACUGCAGAUGAUUCCCCCGAAGUGUCCAGAGCGUUCGCGCAAUGCGCGACCAACUCAGUCAUUGUCUUCCAGGAAGGCGUUGAUUAUAAUAUUUUCCAACCGAUUAAAGCCACAAAUCUGAGCAAUGUGGAGAUACAGAUGCAUGGAAACCUGCAUCUUCCGCAAAACAUCUCGGCGGUGCGGGAUAUUGUUAAUGCAGGCACCUCUACUUGGUUUACUUUAGAAGGACCCCGUGUGGAUUGGACUGGGCCCGAAGAUGUAAACAAUGGGUGGAUUAAAUCAUACGGCCAGGCCUGGUGGGACGCAAACCCUCCCAAUAGCACUGGAAUCUCCGGCCGGCCUCAUCUCAUGAGCUAUAAAACCAGCCAGGCGUCGAUUAAAUACUUCAGGUCUGGCAAGCCGAUUGCUUGGAACAUGAAGCUUCAUGGAGAAGAUAUCACUGUCAGCCAUGCCAUUGUGGACGCCUCCUCCACUGGCAGCUUUCCAUUCAACACGGACGCUUUUGAUGUUCAGGGUACCAAUAUCCGCAUUUCUGACAGCAUUAUGUAUAAUGGCGACGAUGCGAUCGCCGUCGGAUCCGAUUCACAUAACAUUGCAUUCGAGAGAAAUACGAUUGGCUACCAAUCCCAUGGUAUGAGCAUCGGAUCACUAGGAAAGGAUCCCUCGGCCAUUGUCAACAUUACCAACCUCAGAUUCGAAGACGUGACCGUGAUUGACGCCCUGUACGCUGCUCGCUUCAAGUCUUGGACGGGUGGUCAGGGCCUUGUCAAGAACGUGACUUGGAAAAACAUCCGUGUAUACAACGUAACGUUCCCCAUUUUUGUAACCCAGAGUUACUACGACCAAAGCGUCUCGCGUGAUGGCGUUGACACCGAGUCCUCAGUGAUGAUGGAGGACUUUACCUGGGAAGACUUUUCCGGCUCAAUCAACUCAUAUCAACCUGGUGAUGGAUCAUGCGCAACCGACCCUUGCUGGUAUAACGCUGGACUUCCAAACCUGAAGCACACGGAGGCAGUCGUGAUAGAGUGCAACACGGAUAAAUCCUGUAAGAACUUUGUUACAAAGAACAUCCAGCUUUAUCCACAAGAUCUGGAGCCAGCCAGCGUCAUCUGCAUGAAGGCUACGGCAGAGCUGAAUCCAAACCUCGGGUUCAGCUGCAACAAUGGGACAUUUACUUCAUCAUAACCUCUCGAUGUCCAUAGUCAUUGAGAGAUCUCAUGUAUAUACUAGAUACACGUGCUUUCCACAUCUGUCAAUCAUUCGCCAAUACGCAAUGUGACCAUGACUCUCAGCAGUUGUACUUUCCUGGACGGUUGAACGCAACCCGCGACUUCCCUCCAUGACAUUGCAAGUAGCCAGUAUUUAAUAUCCUCUCGAAUCUCAGAUUCUCACAAUCCAAAACAUCUCUCUUAUCUCGAUCGGUCAUUUACUUUUCUAACAAUCGCUACUGUGACUGCAACCAUUCGUUAUUCUUCCCUUACUCUCAGCCAUAUUACUUACUACUCCAUGCUACAGCCAUUUCCCAGGUUCUAUAUUAUUAGACCGCAAGGUUCAUUGAUACCCUUGAUCCCAGUCGACGAGCUACCGACGUGGAUUCAGGUCGGAAACUGGGACUGGAAUGAUAUGUCAUUGUUUACUGCCAUGGCUCCUGCUAGUUUCAGCUCUCUCCCAC